UUUUGAAAACUAGCCGUUGCUUGUGGCUCAUCUCGCGCGCAAAGCACACUCUCUAAUCGUCAUCCCCUUCACGCCAGACCGUCACGAUCGUGAAGCCCGCAGCAAGACGAUGCCUACGAACGAUGCGCACGCUACACCAGCCAGGGCUACCUCGUCGUUGAGGACUGCUGUGGAGCGUGAGGGCCCGCCCGCUCAGGAAGUGGUCCACAGAGACAAACGGACGAGGGUGGGCGACCGUGAUGGCGGACAACCCCCAUCAAGCAGGAAGGGUAAUAGAGGAACGCCCAUCAAGGCUCCAGUAGCCUCGUACUCGCACGGGCCGUGUUCAACACGCGGCUCUCGCCGCCAUCUUCUAGCGCGCAGGACCACAAGGACGACGACGGCGGCGACGACGAAGAUGACAGCGACAGCGACGACGGCAACUACGUCACGACAGCAAAGUUCGAGAAGGUGAUGGGUUCGAAGAGAGGCAAGGAGACGGUGCAACUGAUCGCCGCGACUGCUGCCGAGCGCCGCCAGGGUAGCUACGCGGCAGGCCUUGAAGUCCGCGCAGCAGCAGUUGGCAAUGGUGCCGCAGCAACAGGCCGCGAAGUCGCACAAAAGUGGCAAGGGGUCAGAGCGCGGCCCACGUAUGAGAUGCGCCAUCCUCGCCACUGGCGCAUUCGUGAAGUUGAGCAGGUGGACGAAGGACACCGGGGAGCUCGUCCCCUAUACCCCAACCACCACCAACUGCCACGCCAAGAAGGCCGUUUACGACUUGAUGCGCUAUGUGGGCAGCGUGGCCAUUCCGGACAAAGAUGUCCAAAGUGAGCGAACAUGGUAGUCCUGGGAGCAACAUUUUUUUUCCUUGUGCGUUCAAACAUGUCACGAGCCCGGCAGCCGAUGUCAGGUGUACCCGCUCGACUGCAAGUCCCUGCGCGUUCGUAUGUUGACUCGUCUGCAUUUCAUAGAGCCACAAAGUGUUGAGGACGUUGCGCUAGAGUGCCAUCAUUGAUUUGCAACGCGAGGUGAGCACCCGCGGUUGGCGUUUUGAAUUAGUCUCCCAAGAAAGUGACCAUAAAACAUAUGUCCGGUCAAUCACCAGCCGCGUGUUGCAUGGCCGAAAUUUCAGUUGUAAAUUAAGAUGACAACGUUCGGCGUGUGAUUGUUUCCAUUCCGUCAUAACACGCACACCGCUUCUGCCUGCCCGCCUCACGCCUGCAUGCGUACGACUGCUUCCUGUGCCGUCGGACGGCCGUACUGCUCGCCGCUCAGAGCACGUGAAGUGGACGAGGGAAGCCACACGGGUUGCCCUCCUGGACCUCGUCCAAGAAACCGCAAGUCCCACAAGGACAGGCCGAAUGUCCUUGAGGGGUGGACUCGCAGCAGAUUUUACAACAGAGUCCUCAUCCAAGUCGACCUCCUGACCCCCGACAAGGAGGUGUACCGGGCCUUCAUCUUUGAGUUCCUCCGGCAGGUGCUGCAUGAAGGGCUUCAAGCCAUAGUCCCAGGCUUUACGCCCCGCGCGGGAGUCUUGUUUGGCAAGGAUACCACUCACGACCACCUAUGCGACGAGGUGAUAUGCCAGGACGCCGUUUUUUUUUGUUCGUGUUGUAUGUGUGGUUUAUUAUUGACGCCGUUUCUUCGUGUUGUAGGUGUGUGAUUUAUUUAUUUUGGACGCGUAGAUUUCGAACUAUUGUUUGCGAGGCAAUUUAGCCUCUUGUUGACCAAUGGUAUAGCAACGCGAGGCACAUGCACACAGGCCACAAUACUGCUAAAUCUUGCCAUAUCCG